AUGGCAGACGGAGAUGGCGAUGCCAAGCGACGGCGCGUGGCGCCAAGGCUGCCACGCUUCAGCGGCGCCCCACGGUCCUCGGUGGCGGCGGCGCUGCGGGAAGCAGGUGGCACGUGGCACGAGGCCCUGCGCUUCGCAGAGUCUCCAGAGCUGCCAGUGCCUGGGGUGAGGCUGGCGCAUGCGGUUCCUGCUGGGACGCUCCUCUGCCAAGUGCCCUCCAAACUUCACUUCUCCAGGCCGCAGUGUCAGGCUGCAGCGCCUGCCAUUUAUGCUGGCUGUGAGGCGCUGCCAAGUGCGGACCCAGAGAAGCGAGGCGAGGCAGCUGAUGCGCUCUGCAUGGCCUUGCUGCUCUCCUCGCAGCGUUCAGGCGAAGCCGGGCGAGCGACAGAUGCGCAGGCUUCAGGUGAGCAAUGGCCGGCUCUGUGGCGAGCGUUGGCCGCGGUACUGCUUGGAUUCGGUCAGGAUUUCGAGGAGCAGAAGCACCCGUACACAUCGGCGUGGCAGGGCUGCGUGAAAAGUGACCACUCCUCGGCCGAGCCAGAGCUUCUUGCAGCACAGGCGCAGUACGUGAGGACAGUCUACAGCUGCAUUUGUGACACUUUGAGUUCGGAACAUCUUCGACAGCUGGACGAAGGCCUCUUCCUACUGUCCUGGCUUUGCCUGCUGACGCGGCGGUUUGGUGGGCCACACGGCUCUGCAUUGGUUCCAGGCGUGGACUUCCUAAACCACUCUGCCACACCUACUGCGUCCAGCGACUGGGACGAGGCCUCGGGUUCCGUGGAGGUCAGGGCUCUCACCGACUUGAGCGCCGGUGAAGAAGUAUUGAUUUCCUAUGGCAACCUGUCCAACCCGCUGCUUUGGCGCACCUACGGAUUCACGCUGCCAUGGAGGGCCGAGCCGAGCUGGACCUGCACCUUCUCCCAGGCAGAGCUCCACGAGGCCGCCGAGGGCGCUGAGGAGGUCGAGGAUUUGCCGAAUCUGCACCUGGAUACUUCACGUGUCACGGACGAGCUCGCUCUGAUGCUGCAGGCUUCGGAGAAUGGUGGGAAGUGGCUGCAGAGACUUCUCGCCAGGCGGCUGGAGGCUGGAGCGGCUGGAGCACUGGGAGCGGGUUCAGGCGGCUUGCGGCUCCCUGGCGGAGUGUCCAUCGAGUGA